AUGGGUCUCGUAGAAAAGUAUUUGGGAAUACCUCUACUUAUGCACAUAUCAAGACACGGAAAUUGUCAAGGAAUUCUAGACAACAUGACUGCUAGAUUGCAGGGUUGGCACAGUAAAUUGGUUACGCAGGCAGGUAGAACAACUCAUAUUAACUAUGUCCUUAGUACUGUGGGAAUGUAUCAAAUGCUGGUUCUCAAAUUACCUGAUACUACCAUUAAUCAAAUGGAUAGAAUUCAAAUAAAAUGUUGGUGGGAUAAUUACAACAACCAUAUGUCUCCUCACAUAAUGUCUUGGGAUAAAGUAAGAUUGCCUAAAAAACUUGGAGAUUUAUGUAAAGACAUUCAAGCUCGUCAACGCUAUUAG